AUGCUACGUACUGCUUCUCGCAAAAUCAUGCCGGCGUUGCGGCCAGCAUACCAGCUGUCAGUUCGAGAUGCUCCCAUCAGACAUUUUUGGGAUUUCCGGCCUUCCGCCAGUAUGCGGUCUUUGAUGCGUGAAAUGGAAAGAUUUGAAAGAGAUUUUCUGGACAGAUUUCCUCUCCGGAACAUCGCUCCUCGAUUUAUUCCUGUGGAAGGGAACGAGACAGUUCCGUAUCGAGUCAACAUAGACGUCAAUGGCUUCAAACCUGAAGAAAUCAAUGUGGCUGUCAAGGAUAAAGUUCUCACAAUUCGGGCGAAAAUGGAGAGAAGUUCAGAAGACGGCGGGAAGUUCUAUCAGGAAGUAUCGAGAGAAAUUACUUUACCUGAGAACAUAAAGUCUGGGGAGUUGAAAUCCUUCUUGAAUAACGACGGUGUGUUGACAAUUGAGGCGCCUUACGAACCUGCUGAAAAACCCAAAGAGAUUCCUGUGAGCCAAAAGUGA